GGGAAGUCCCGACAGAUUUAGCUCCUGUUGUGUAGACGUGUCGUUAGUCUGCUGGAGGAGAACGCGUCCGUCUUGUCCCUAUAUAUAGGGAAUCAAUGCAUGUUGGUGGGAGUCUUUACGUCCCCUCGAGUCAACGAUAAGACCGCACUUCACGUUCAGAUUGUCACUUUCACCUGCCUUUGUCAGUCACAGCUGAAGCGACGCGACGCUUUAUUCCCAUUGGCUGUUUGGCGUUUAAGCGGAGCGGUAUCGGGAGUCCCAUUGGAGAGAAACGCGAACUCGGAAUUCCCGAAGUUGCGAAGUUCGCGAGACGGAUCGCGCGUGGAGAAAUCAAACGACUGCGGGCGGAAUAACGCGUGCGCAACUCGUCCGAGGCCGUUUCGAGCACGGUAAGCGCUUUAUGCAACGGCGUCCGUGCGUGUAUAUACUGGUGCUGUGCAGAGCCACAAGAGGGCCAUGUCUGAUAACAGCACCGGCAGCACUGGGUCAUCCAGUAAUAGCUGGACUUUGCUGUCUCCAGAGGAGGCUGCUGCGGACCCCACUUCACCAGUGGAUGAUGGGACGGAGAGUAUUGGAGAUGCACCCAGUCUUUCAGAGGAAAUCGCAGGAAGCUCUUUGGAGAUGAGGUCACAUGACCCCGAAACGCCAAUGGUGGAGACUGUUUUGUCAGAGGAGGGUCACCAGGUCAGUGCAUCACCACCGAUUUGCCAGGAAACAUCUCCAGAUUUCUUUGAGGAAAUGGCAGCUUCUGGUCAUACCGAUGUUGAGCUUGAUCCUGAGAUCCACGCUCCUGUCAUCCAUGACACAAUCACCAGUUCUCCGCCUGACAGUGACCUUCUGGGCGCUGUUCCCUUCAGCAUCGCUACAGAAUCAGCCUUUCAGUUUUCAGAGGAGUCGGUCCUUGACGUACCCACCGAAGAGGACGUUGCUGAUAUCUUCCCUGGCCAGCAUGUUCCAGUCCAAGAGAGCCCCGCCCCUGAGCCAGAGCCCAAAAUCACCUCCACUCCCCAACCAUUCAGAGAAAUGAGCUUUUCUCCAGAUGUUCUUGUGAGCCCCAUCCCUGAAAUCAGUGAUUCUUCUGCAGUCCCUGUGCUGGAUAUUCAUGCUGAUGUACAUCCUGCUCCUGAAACUCCGCCUCUGGCCCCGCCCUCUGAGACAGACACAGGAAUUGGUUCCACAAUAGAAAGCCUUGCCCCCGACAGCCUUUACCCUGAAACAAUUGGUUUGGUUGAAACUGAUGAGGAGCCUACCUUUGAGAAAGAAGAGAUAGAGCUACCAGAGAAAUUCCCAGAUGUUAUCAGAGAGCCAGAAUCCCUUGGUCCUGAACUUCCAGCAGAAGACGACGGCCUGAGGCUCCGACACGUGCAACCUACCAUAUUGUUGAAGCGAAGCUCAGACGAGGAGGAAGAGGAAGAGGAGGAAUUCAACCUGCCAGCGAGGAAAGAGGAGAAACGAGGUUUCUCUUUGAAUCAGCUGAUAGUGGGAGCUUUGGUCCUGCUCUGUGUCGGAUCGUUCUUUUUCUCCGGUUCUGUGGUUGAUCUGACUGAUGAUGAUUUUGAUGGUACAGAAUUAAGCGACCAGGAACUUCUUGAUAAACUUGCUCAAGAGAAUAAACAAAUAAAUAUAUUAGAGGCUCAGAUUGAGUCGCAGAAAGGAGAGUUGGACCGGGCUCUGAAAAUGGCAGCAGAUAUGCAAAGCACUGAAAAGGGAGCGCUGGAAAAUGAGAACGUUAAAUUGAAAGAACAACUGUCUGAUCUGCCUGGGUUAAAAGAAGAACUACAGACGCUGAGAGCGAGAGUUGCUGAGCUCACAAAGCUUACCGUUCAAGACGAUCUACCACAACAGCUCCCCGUCUCUGGUCCAGCAUCCACUGGCGAGUCUAUUCCAGAAGUCACUGAAAAACACUGGGAUAAGAAAGAAGAACUCAAGCGUCAGAAAACCCUUUUGGAGGAAAGUCGGAAGAGGUUGGAAGGAAUGAAGAAACAGGGCUGGAACAAGCAGGGUUUGAGGGAGAGCUUGGUGGAGAUGCAGAAGAGACUCUCGAAACAGGUGGAUCAGCUGGGCAAGCGGGAAGACUGGAAGAGGAAACACCAAGAGCACAAAGGAGAAAAGAAGGAAUGGGGCAGAAAGAAAGAACACGACAGUCGCUGGAAGAAGGACGAGGCGGAAAGGGGAAAAGAGUGGAAGCAUGGUAAAGACAAACAGAAAGACCAUCUCAAGAAGUACAAAGAAGAGUGGGACCACAAGAGGGAUGAGAGAAGGCAAGAGAGAGAAAGGAGACAGAAGGAAAGACCUUGGGAGAACAAACCUUCAAAGCAUCAUCAUCACCACCACCACCAUCAUCAUCAUCACCACCAUGAGCAGGUAGACUUCUGGAAACACCAAGAAGAGAAGCUCAGGAGGAACCGACAUCCCGUUGAAGGCUGCCAUGGAGUAUCCAACUGCGCCGAUGCAGAGGGACUUGUUCCAGUAAAGCUUGCAGAGUUUCAGGAGCUUCUUGAGGUCUACCUGAACAAACUAGAUGGUGUCCCGCAGGAAAGCAAGGAGUCUCUCAGCCGCCUCGCUGCACAGUUCUUCAGCGGCGGCGUUUUUGCCCACGACAGAAUGCUCUUCAGCGAGUUCGCCGAGGAUGUCGCGGAUAUCCUGGAAGAUCUGGCAGAUGGUUUAGAAGACAAGCGGCAUGGAAACGAUUCCCUCGAAGAAGAGAUGGAGGAGUUUGAGAAAGAGGCUCUGCUACAGUUUGCAGCCCCUUUGGCAUAAUUGGUGUUGCCUUCCACCACAGGAACUCGGUUGAAUAGAUAGAAAAAUACACCAACUAAAGGAAAGCAAAAAGAAACAAUCUUACCUAUUACUUUCCCUGGUCUUUACGGACUGUAGAUGUAGUUUAAUGCCUUGUGUGUGAGGAGUGUCUCCCUUUGGAGUCUUGUCAUUAGUGAAGUCCCACAUGUGCGUUGGGUGUUUUGCUGUAAGCUACCUCCGUUAGUCCUGUUCUUCAACGCCAAACCCUUUGACUCUUGCUUGCUGUGUAAAAUGUCAGUCAUCUUAAGCAUUAAGUGUUGCCACAUGAGUGAAACCGCUUCACUUGCAGAUGGAUCAAUCACCUAGUACAUAAGGAGUUGUGAACGAGAUUAACACUAAAUUGGGUAAGUGCAAUGAGAUCGGUGGAGAAUGUCCCUUUAUGUCUGAACACGCAAAAUUUACGUUAAAAAACGAUAGAGAAUGUCAGAACUUUUCAGCAGAUUUUUUUUAACAUUUAAUUUUUUUAUUAUUAAAGUCCCGGUUUCACCUACCCCAUUACUUUUGCUUACUAAGCUGGCGUCAAACUGGUUUCUUUUUACGUUUUGUUUUCGCCAGAGGUUUUAGAGGUAAUUGUAAGCUUUCAGUUUUUUUUUCUGGUUUCUACCCCAACUCAAGUUCUGCUCACACUUAAUGUAAAGUACAAAAAUGUAAAGUUUUUUUUUUUUUUUCCCCUCCUCUCUCUAGGAAUUUGUUGUGUUAUCUUACGUGCCUUUACUAGUGAGCACAGAAUGCUGGUACUGAAAUCAAGUCAAAACCACAUUGAAUGAAAACAGAAAGUUUCAGUAAUGGUUUUGUUUGCACUGUGGUGAUGUGGACAUUUAUUUAUAUUCUCUUUCUAUCUUAGGAAAACAGCCAUUGUAGUGAAUCAUCAAUAUCAUUUGAUUACAGCUGUGCUAUUGUUUUGUUGCACUCUUUUGGGAUGAAAAACUUAGCCCUUUUCUUGUCUAAUUUGUAAAUACGAAGAAAAAGUUAUUUAAUGGAACUCAUAAUUUAAGUUAUAAUAUGGCACAAUGAUAUUUAAUAUGAAGAGACGAUUUAAUACCACUUCAAAAGAAAGCUAAUACAAGACCAAAUGCCACAAUGUAUCAAUAUGAACAAUUUUUGAUGAUUAUUAAAAUGAUGUACCAUUGCCAUGAGAAA